AUGAUCUACAAGUCACAAAACCCUCAAAUCUCAUUUGACCCAAAGCAAACCUUGUGGUCCUGGCUUCUGGAGUCUAAAUCCCUGACCCUUGAAGCCAAUGGUCCAGGUUUCACUGAUGCCAUCACGCAGGAGCAUGUUAGUUACCAGAGUCUGAAAGAUCACGCAACAAAUCUAUCAUCAGCCCUGGUUACCGCCCAUGGCCUAGGCGAAAACGAUGUGGUGGUCGUUUUUGGUAGGAACUCGAUAUGGUAUCCUGUUGCCACACUGGCUGCGGUUCGCGUUGGUGCCGUAGCUUGCGGUGUGUCACCAGAUUACACCAUCGACGAACUGUCUUACAGUCUCAGGACCAGCAAAGCCAAGAUCAUUUUCGCUACGACAGAAACUUUGGAAAGGGCGAAUGUGGCCGCUGCCAGGGUUGGGAUCGCACAAAACAACGUUAUCCUGCUUGAGGGUUCAAGAAAUGGCGUCUCGAGCAUUCAAGCAAUACUUGAUGCUUCCAAGAGCCUUGCAAGAACCCCCAAGACGCCCCCAUUCCAGAUACCUAAGGGGAAAACGAAUCGAGAUGUUUGCGCAUUUCUCUGCUUCAGCAGCGGCACCACUGGCCUCCCAAAAGCGGUCAUGAUCUCUCAUGCCAACAUCAUCGCCCAGUGCAUCCAGAUCACCGACAUCACUCCCCCUGAUCACGACAAGGUCCUCGCGGCAUUACCAUUCUAUCACAUCACAGGCAUCGUACAUCAAUUGCACUUGCCGAUUCAUCUCAACGCCAAUGUCUACGUCUUGGCCAAGUUCACGUUGGACAAAUUGCUCAAGACGGUCGCCGACUACAAGAUCAAGGAGCUUCUCAUCGUCCCUCCCAUCUUGAUUCGACUCGUCCGAGAACCGGAGAUGGUGGCAAAAUACGAUUUAUCCCAUGUCAAACGAUUCUCUUCAGGCGCAGCUCCGUUAUCUCGCGAGAUCUUGAAUCUCCUCGAGAAGGCCUUCCCGGGAACCGGCUUCAAGCAAGGCUAUGGCAUGACCGAGUCGUGCUCUGCCAUUGUCUCUCACCCCCCUUCCAAGUACGCUUACAAGUACGCCGACCGCGUGGGCAUGUUGGUGGGAUCUACCGAUGUACGGAUUGUAGAUGUCGAGACCGGGGAGGAUUGCCCUCCUGGUAAAGCCGGGGAAAUCUGGGCUCGUGGACCGCAGAUUGCCAUGGGCUACCUCAACAAUCCUGAGGCCACUGCAUCAACGUUUGAUCAGGAUGGCUUCUUGCAUACUGGAGAUGUCGGCUUUUUCGACCAGGAGGGGCUUCUCUCCAUCACGGAUAGGCUCAAGGAGAUGAUCAAAGUCAAGGGGAUCGGUGUUGCUCCGGCAGAACUAGAGAAUCUUCUCCUCGGACAUCCCCUUGUUCACGAUGUUGCCGUCUGCGGUAUUCCUGAUGAGCGCGCAGGUGAACGACCAAAGGCAUAUGUGGUUCUGAGGUCUUCCGGCUCCUCGAAGCCGAUGGAAGCGGCGCGGGAGAUAUUCGCCCACGUCAAGAGAGAAAAGGCACGAUAUAAAUGGCUGGAAGAAAUUGAGUUUGUCCUCAAGAUUCCCAAGAGCCCAGCAGGCAAAAUCUUGAGACGCAAAUUGCAGGGCUUGGGAUCAGGAAGCAGUAAGAACGUUGUAGCCCGGGAUGUGAGGGUUGCGGCGAAGCUCUAG